ACAUCUUCCAUAAACCCAUUGGCUCAACGCCGCUCGGCUGAUCCUUUGAGACUCCGAGGGGGAUUACAUACCAAGAGGGUAAAAGCUCGAGGUUUCACACAGAGGACGACGGCAGCUCGCUCUGAGGGUAUCCCACUAAUAUAAAGAACAUGCCAUCGAGGUGACCAGCAAAUCCAGAGUUUACACGGGUCUUCAUGAGCUUAAAAUCCACAUCAAUUCACUGAAAGAAGAUCCCUUUCAGGUUCUCCAGAUUCUCAUAUCUGCUUUCAACAUACAACGUGACUUGAUUUUCUUCAGCACUCUCAGAGCAGAUGUGAGAAUCGGUGACAACUGCUGGCCGCCGCCACCACAGGAUCCUGAACCUGGCAUGCUUUUCAGCGCCCUACUGGCCCAUUGACUGAGCCUGGUGACGCAGGUUAAGGUUUAAUUUUAAUCCCAGGAAAGACUUCACAAAAUCCGAACAUUUCCUCAUUUUUAACUUCCCAUCUUCAGGGCUGGCUUAUUACUGUUGGGUUUUUGAGGUGGCACGCUCCGGAGGACUGAGCCGUCUUCCCGAGUAUCCCAACAGUGUGGUGACAGCCAGACCAGCCCUGGUUCCGAAAUGAUGAUGUAUUUUUGGGGUAAUCAAGAAGCCACGGCCCCCCCAGAAGCAAUGGCACAACCCUACCCUCCUGCCCAAUACCCACCUCCUCCGCAGAACGGGAUUCCAGCAGAAUAUGCAGCACCACACCCUCACCCGACACAGGACUACACAGGCCAGAGCACAGUACCCGAACACACCAUGACUAUCUACACGCCGACGCAGACGCACUCAGAGCAGCCUGGCAAUGAGGCAAACACACCGUCUCUAACUGGCACGACGACAGUACCGCAAACAGAUGAGGUUGUACAGACAGAAGGCUCACAGCAACUGCAAUCCACAGACUCGUCAGAGAAGCAGCAGCCCAAACGGUUACAUGUGUCUAACAUCCCCUUCCGUUUUCGGGAUCCAGACUUGAGGCAAAUGUUUGGGCAAUUUGGGAAAAUUCUAGACGUUGAGAUUAUUUUUAAUGAACGAGGGUCCAAGGGAUUCGGUUUUGUAACUUUUGAAACAAGUGCAGAUGCAGACCGCGCACGGGAGAAACUAAAUGGUACAAUCGUUGAGGGACGGAAAAUAGAGGUAAACAAUGCAACAGCGAGGGUGAUGACAAACAAGAAGGUGGCGAAUCCCUACACAAAUGGUUGGAAGCUGAAUCCUGUGGUGGGAGCUGUUUAUGGCCCUGAAUUUUAUGCAGUAACUGGUUUCCCCUACCCGGCCACAGCAGGGGCAACACUCGCAUACAGGGGCGCACAUUUGAGAGGCCGGGGGCGUGCUGUGUACAACACAUUCCGUGCUGCGCCCCCUCCACCACCCAUCCCCACCUACGGAGCAGUUGUCUAUCAAGAUGGAUUUUAUGGUGCAGAAAUUUACGGUGGAUACGCAGCCUACAGAUAUGCACAGCCAGCGGCCGCUGCUGCAGCUGCAGCUUACAGUGACAGCUAUGGCAGAGUCUAUGCAACAGCAGAUCCAUACCAUCAUACAAUAGGACCAGCUGCCACAUAUAGUGUGGGCACCAUGCGUGGAAUUGACUCAAACCUACUCAAACCUGUAUAUCACACACAUGCACAAGCACAUACAAUACAUAUUUGUAAUAUUUAGCAAAAUGUUACGAUGCAUUUUAAAGUCCCUCUUGCUUAACUGGCAGCUGAAAACAUCUGAAUGUGACCUGCUUAAAAAUAAGGACUUCGCCAGGGCCUCUGGUGAGACAGUCAUUUAAUGUAAAUAGGACAUAUUUUGAUUCUUUUUAAUUUUGUAAAAUUAUAUUCAUUGCUGAAAUUGUCUGGAGUGUACAGUGUAUUCCAGAGGUGGUGUAUCUCUAUGGGUGAUUUUGAUAGUGAAGAUAUAGACAACUCUUUGCAUCUCCAUGUCUAACCAAGCCAGUAUGACUACCUGCAAUGCUAAAGGACUCUUCAAGAAACAUGCUUUUGAAUUACAUUUCAGCAUCAAGACAGAUCACCAUCAGAGCUUUCUGUGAUGUUACUGCCAUGAUGGAUAAAAGGAAAAUAUUCUUCAAUGAGCUCUUGGACGAGAGCCACUGAAAUUGCUAUCUUUCUGAGCCUGUUCACCAAAUACUUCCGUCAUAUGCUGCCGUAGAAAUUAUUCCACAAGUCUAGAGAACUGCAGUGUAGGAUUGUGCAUACCAUGGCGUGCAAAGGCCAACAAAGACGACAGUAUAAACCAUUCUAUUGCUGCAGCCACUGCUGGUGACUUUUCUUCAGAAUGUGAAGUAGACUCCUGAUGGCCAGGAUCUACAGAGCUAGAGUGAAAUUUAUGGAGAGAAGAAUGAAACCAAUUGUUCAGUAAUAGAAGCCUAAUGAAAAUGCCACCACCAAGCAAUAUGCUUUGUGUGUAGCGUCUUUCACAGUGACCAACACAAAGACCUUUAUACAGCCAACAAAUCCAAAUCCAAAUAGGAAUUCUAACAAUCAAAUAAAUAAACUAAGACUGAGAAUGUUGUGUGGCACAUGUACAGCAGCAGUAUAGUUAAGGAUACAGGCCCAGGUGGCAUCUGUUCCAUACCUACUUCAUACAUUGUGACAGUUUCACUCUUUCUUUAUGAGCUGCCCAGGUGCCGUGGCAUGAAAGCUUCACAAUGGGGCACAAUAUCGACACCACUCAAACACUCACCCAACAUGCACUCAAAAGAGACAACAGCUUCAAGACAAUGGUACAAUCUGAUAAAUGACAUCCAACACCAUCAGCCAUUCCUUAGAAUCCUCAGAUAACACGGAGCUAAAAAUCAAGGGUCCAUUGUACAGUAUUCUUUAUAUAAAAUUAGAAUCUGAGUGAAGCUAAUUACAAAAUUGAUCAUACAUUGUGUAAGAAAUUCAUUUUCACUUUUCUCAAUGAUGCCCUACCCUUAUUCCUUAUAUAUUAUGCUUAUGUAUUUAUAAUGGAUAUACUGGCGAGCAGGUAGGAUUGGGACCCGUCAUUUGGCACAGAACGACGUUCACAGUUUAUUUAUUUCAUUCGGUAUUUUCAUCUUGACCUCUAGUCUGCUUUCGUCUUAUUCUAUGCCACACAUUAGACCCUAUACAUUGAUAUUAUGUGAUAUAUGUAUUAGAUAACUCAUCAAACAGAGCAAGGCAUCCAGGAAUUUCUCCGCAGCUAAGAGCAUAAAGAACCUGGGGUGCAGCCUGGUUAAUUAUUCACUACAUGUUGAGAAAAAUGUUUGCUUUUAUGAAAUUAAGCGCGCAAGAUAGCGUUACUGUGUUAAAUUAAAAGAAAUAAAUUCUCCUCAGAUUCAAUCUGUCAGUCGCAUUAGAUUAGCUCACAUGCUGUUUUGCCAUCUGCUGAAGGAGUAAGGUGCGGUUUUUGUUUAGGCUGGGAUUAAAAUAUUUACUUGAAACAUCCAUUACAUUGCAAUCUAUUACCAAAAAUAAUCAGUCGCAGUUGUUUUGCAUGUUUUCGUUUUUUUAUGUUCUAGGGAGCAUACAUCGGUAGGCCAGCUGCAUUAAGAUAACCACUUUUCUACAAUCAUUUCUGAGUAAGACUCUUAUUAAUAAUACUUUCCCAUUUUGCUGUUAGCUUCUUGCAGUUUUUAAGGAGUGGCUUUGAUUAUCCAGCUAAUGUGCUGCAGCACAUCACCUCCUCACAAAGUCCUCCAAAGAGCUUGGGGUCAGCACCAUGUCCAGCUUACAGAAUAUGUACUACCGUCUCUCACAAAACUGGCACACACCUUGACCUAUUCAUCUUAUUGAUUUAAAUUCAAGUUUACAUUGCACAACAAAUCUAAUCUUCAGUUAGUGGAGGCUGUGUUGACCCAUCACUGAAUGGUGGCACAAGUGGCUGACAGUUUCAAGCUAAACCUAUUCAGCCACGAGAACGCGUCUGUAAUUCCAGUCUACUGUAGACAUUAACACAAAUGCCCACCUAAACCGCAUCUCUAAAAAUGCUGAUGGAGUUGAUUUUCGCAAAACUGGAUAAUGAAGUUUCGUUGUUCUUUUUUUGUUGCAAUGGUUAAAUUUCAUUUCAACAAUGUGGAUUAUAAGGAAAUGCUUAUAUUUCCUUACAAGACAACUAGCUUACUUAUUAAUUAUCCUUAAUAAUAAACUUUUAAAAAGGUAGAGAAAAAUCAAGGUGAUUUUGAUGUCUGUAGAAACGUUUGGUUAAUGCGAGCACAAAAUCUAUAAGAGAGGAACACUAGAGGCUUGUGCCAAACCUAAAAUAGGAAAAAUACAAGAAACUAGCGAGACGCGUAGCAAACAGCAGUGCUGCACAGUUCUUUAGAAGUGAUGGACAUGGACUGUCUUCAAAAAGCAAUAGAAAUUGAAGAGGAAAAACAGGAGACAUAAAAUCAGGGUGUGUGCUCAAUGAACUGGUAAUCAGAAUACACUCCAAUGAUAUUUCUAAAGUCAAUGUUUGAAAUGCAAGUAAUUUCUCUGCCUUGUCACACAUCACUAUAUUUAGAUGUCUUUUUAUCAAUUUUUAAAUAGUGCUUUUAUCAUCAGUAAGCCCUCCCUUAAUGCUUUUAAUUAAGGUUCAGAAGGAUUUUUUAUUAAUUUAAAACCUGCCAUUCAAAAAGAAUCGUCAAGCCAGUCUCUGGUGUGGCCCACUACUGUAGUGGAGAUAAUGGCUCUCUGGAAAACCUGUUUGAAAAUACAACACUAACACAGAGAAGAAAAGCCACAACAAGUACUGCAUCUGACGAUCAAUGGCUUUUUUAUUUAAAAUGUAAAGUCGUCCAUCUGAAGGCUACAUGUGGACUCCAGAUCCUAUAAAGUGUAUAAAAAGACGGGGAGAAGUAGAAGAUUUCUUGCCUUGCACUUAAAGAGAAGUCCUCCGAGGGUUUAUUAAAACUGAUGCUCUGUUCCCCCACACAUCCACCAGAGGUCCAAGGCUCUUGCUCUCUACUGAAUCUGCGCUUCGACUACCCCUGGUGAGCAAAAAAAAAAAAAAA